UUCCGGUAUAUUUUACGAUCGGUGUUUUUGCAAACAAUUUAGUUUUUUAAUCUGUUAAAAUAGAAAUAACGUGAUGUAUUACUUUGAUGACUAUGAUAAAACGAAUGUUGUUGACGGUUAUCAGCGAUCUAUUAGGGACAGAGCAAAUGAAAACUUACAGACCUUGAAGGGUGUUUUUGGCACUCGGUCUCGUUCACUGUCUCCACAAGGUAGAAGUGGCAAAGAUCAGUUAACUCGCACAGUUCACCCACGUAUUCUCACGUAUCAGGAUGACGGACGACCUCAGAAAUACACAAUGGCUGCCAGUCAGCUUGAGCAUAUGUUGUCAUCCAAGGUUGAUACAACUCCACAGAAGAUUGAGGCAAGCAUUCCCAAGCCCUUGGGACCCCUCCCAACACCGGAGGAGGCAGCAACCAGUCUACAGCACCAGGCUGUCUAUAUACAACAGCUAGAGUCAGAAAAUAGAUAUAUAAAGGAGGAAAUGGCUGUUUUGAGGAUGAAAAUUGCUGAAGUAUUACAAGAAAAUAGUCAGCUCCAUAAUGAACUGAAAACCACAGUGGUUCAUGAGAUUAUUAGAGAAGGUGGUGAUUUCGCUAAGAAUAUUGGAUCUUUGGAUCAAGUUCUAGGUAAUGCUGUGAGCUCUGUAAUGACAAGACAUGACUUCAGGAGGUGGCAGAUUGAACUGGAAAGAUUAAGCUCACUUCAUGCGACCAAGUCUGAACGUCUGGAAUCACAGCUAUCAUUUGCAAAAUCUGAAAUUGAGAAGUAUGAGAAGAUGGUGGAAGAUCUGAAAUCACAGCUGCGAAUGCAGGACUCGAUCCCCACACGUGAGAAUGGACUCACCGCUGAUAUCACCAUGUCGGGUACUCAGAGGAACAGCUAUCAACAAAUCAUUGACAGACUGACAAGAGAGCGUGAUGAAUUAAUGGACCAUCUGACUAGUACGAAAGCCAGGCUGCGUGAUAUGGCUCAGCGGGAGGAAGAACUGUAUGUUCAGAUGAAGAAAGGCAUUGAGCUUGUCGAACAGUCACAGCUGGAGCAAACAGAGGCAAUGGUGCAGAAGGAGCAGUUGGCAGAAGAAUUAAAAAAUAUGAGACAAAGAUUUGAGGCACACGUAUUAGACACUCAGAAGAAAAUGCAACUGGAUCGUGAGUCAGUCCGGGGAGAGAUGAAGUUUCUGUUGGAUGAUCUCAACAACAAGUUGAAGGAGUCUGUGGAGAAGUAUGCAGCUGUUGAGAGUCAGCUGGAUAAAGUGACGAGGGACAAGAUGUCCCUGACGAAUGAGCUGGAUGAAAUCAAGGCAGAGUUCCGCUUACACACCAAAGAAACAACAGUGACAUCUGAGACUUUUCGACAAGAGACGACCAACGCCUCACUUCAGAGACAAACUGCAGUCCAGACUGCACACCAGUUACGUACCAAAUUGGACAACCUACACCGAGACAGAGACCAGGAGAGGAGUCGACUGAAAACCGAGAUUGAUGACCUGCGACGAAGAUUGCACUUAGCUGAACGAGAUCUUGUCAACAGCAAAGAGGAGUGCAUUCUCCUCACAACCAAUUCACAGUCACUGGAGAGAGAGCUACAUCUUGCCAAGCUGGCACGUGAAAGUAUUGAGCGUGGUCGUGCAGAGGAUGUGAAGAUUAUUGCCAAACAGUCGCAGCAGAGAGAAGAACAUUACAAGGAAUACAUUAACAACCUGGAAGAAAGACAUGCACAAGUCACUCAGCAAAUGGAUGCAAUGUUGCACAAGCAGAAUAGAUUGAUCAUGAAAUUGCGAGAAGAAUGCAAGAAACAGGCUUUACACCUAGAGAAAUACACCAAAAAAUACAGAAAAGAAUGUGGCCAGGUUACAGCCCAGUAUGAAGAACUGAAAAUGCGUUUUGAAAAAACAGUAUCUCGUUUGGAAGUUCUUGAAGAACAAGAAGACCAGCAUAAUCGUGUCCAUGAGAAAAUGAAAGACCGGCUGAAAAAGAUGGAUGAAUACGCUCAGUUCCAGUCAAAACAGAUUCUGGAUACACUAGGCUCACUGAGUCGUGUUAUGAGAGAUCGACAACUUCUCGCCCGAGAGGUCGACUUUCUUCGGAAUCAGUUGAAUCGUAUUGACAGUGCAAACAUUUCCAAGCUGAACUCGUCCAGUAAGCAACUGGUGGAUGAAAUCCUAAACACCAUCACCAAGGAACAGCAGGCUGGGAAAGGACACCUGUUACUUGACCCAGAUGUCUAUAAGAUAGAAAUACCAGACAGAAUAACCAUUGAUGAUCUCGUCUGAAACUUGUUACAUCAUAUAGAUGGUGCCUAAUGUUUGAUUAUAUAUAUAUCUAUAUAUCUAUAUAUCUAUAUACACAUAUAUACACAUAUAUAGAUAGAUAUACACACACACACACACAUACACCCUCGGGACAAAUUAAAAAGUCUGG